GUUGGACAUGAUGAAUGUGUUGUGCAGUGCGAGCGCGGCGGAGUCUGAGUGCGGGUCGCAGUCGUCGCUGGCGCUGGACUUGCACGGCAGCGGCACGUGCGCUGGCGUCACGCUGCGUGUCUGCGACAACACUCGCCGCCGCCCCCUCGCGCGACAGCAGCGCCUGCGAGAAGACACGUUAUAUCCUUUAUCUGGCGAAAAUGUCAGCAAUAUUAAUUGUAUAGAAGAAUCAACGCCAAGAAUAGUGGAAGACGACAUUCCUGAUGCAGUUGAAAUAGUGCACUUAUCGGUGGAUCAAGAGAUGCGGUCCUGCAGUGCGCCUCCGCCCUGCCUCAGCACACCCCCGCCCCCCGCGACUUCAUUGGACUCUGUGCAAGUGUCCCCGUUGCCGUCCGCCCAAACGUGUAUACUAAUUGUCGAACCUGAAGAUACGCCACCUGAAAAACAACAAGAUCAAAAUAUAACAUCCGACACGUAAGCAGUAAUCAUAAACCUACGUGUUUGAUGUUUUCAAAUACGAUUUACUCCGAACGAAACUUUGUAUCUUUUCAAUUUUAAUGACCACGCUGCCUUUAACGUACUACGAAAUGUUUUCCUAUUUUAUCAUUCUUAUAUUAUCUGAAUAUUUUUGUAAAUUUUAAUAUA